GCAGCCUGGACCCGAACGUCUUUUUCAAAAUGGCAGAAAGAAGGGACAACAAAGGUGCUUGCGGUUUCUUUUACUAUGACUGGGCUCAGUCACGAUACAGGUGGUCGUCUGAAAAUCAUCUGACUAACUUUAAAGUCAGGAAAUCUGUGUGUUCCCCAUCUGAAGCCAAGGUAGGUGGUAAUCAUAAAAAAGUGAUCCUUUGGAAAUUCUAUAUUGCAGAUAUUGAAGCUAAGGGCGGGAAGAACAAAUGUUAAACUGACGUCCGUUUCUGUCCUUGAACAGUUUUCCAGAAUUAUCGAAAUAGUAUUGGAGUAGAUUUAAGUUCAGGUCUAUAUAACAAAUGUCUAACUGUUUUUAAACACUUGGGAUGGCUGGGGUCUUCAUUGGCUAGAUACCGAAAAGCAACCCUUGGCUUCGAACUUCGAAGUAAGAUUAAGGCAUUUACAUAAAUCUGCUUACGCCUAAACAAAAGUGCCCAAUAGAACGGGUACAUAAUUAUGCACAUAUUUGAAUUCAAGGCUUUUGAUUUUAUAUUUUAUCAGUUUGUAGUGAAACUGCUUGCCUCCCCUUUAGUUUUUAAUAUCUUACCAUUAGUUCUAAUUUUUUGGAUCAAACUUUAAUAUAAAUUGUAGUGUGUCAUUUGGGAUUUCUUAUGGCUGAAUCCAUGAGCAAGAUGAAGCCAAUCUUGUGUUCUGGGCAGAGUUUUUCAAAGCUGGGUUAACAUAACCCAGGGUUAGUGUGAGAUUUGAAUAGACCCUGUCACGGUUUUUCAGUGACACCAUCUUGACGAGUAGGCAAACGCGUGAGAAAUUACAUUGUUUGUAUGAGAAUCUAAUGUCAAAUAAUUUCUGUAAAACGACUGUUCUGAAAAAAAUAUGAAUUUUAAACUAAAGUUUCACUCCUAAGGAUUCUACUGGAAAAAAUUGAGGGUGUUACAUGUGCUAGAAGACCUAGAACCACUUUUUAAAAUUUUCUAUAUAUUAUUUGUCUGUGAGAAAGUCCCGAGAAAAAUUACAGACAAAUAUAUGGAAAAUCUAGAGCAACCUCCGGAGUAAUUUAAGCACAGGUACCCCCCCCCCCAAAUUUUUUAGUACAAUCCUUUGCUUUGUGGCUUUUGUUUACAAUUCACAUUUUUUUCAGAACAGCCAUUUUAUGGAAAUUAUUGGACAUUUGAUUCUCAUAAAAACACUUAAUUUCUCACACAUUUGCCUACUCGUCAAGGUGGCAUCAAAAACUGUGACAAGGUCUAUUCAGAUUUGAAAGUUUAAAAAGCAUUUCAGUGUUAAUUCCUUUUGUCUACAAGUUGAUGAUUGGAAGCUCUAAAAAUAACAGAGAAAAUUAUCCAAGAAAAUGCUUUUGAACACAAGAAAAAGAAACCCGGGUUAAAUUUAACCUCUGGGUAAGCACUAAUCGCCCUUCAAACAACAGUAAACUGGGCCCUGAUCUGAUUGGCUAUGCGAACAAGCAAGAUGGGUCAGUGACUUAGGAUGGCCUGCUGUACAGGUCCCACAAUGCAUUAUUGAUCAAGCUUGUUUGGUCAAAAUGUACAGGCUAUACAAUAAUACUAGGGUAAACAUGAUUGGGAAAACAGGAUAUACAGGGGCAUACGUGGUAUACAAUAAUACUAGACCAAACACGGGUAAACAGUAACAGUAAAUCUUUAUUAUGCCUUACUCCAUUAGAAGGUAUCAGUCUGUUUACAGUAUAUAAAGUAAUAAUAAUGGCGAAGGGUAUACAGUAAUACUACGGCGUACCUAUAUUAUUUGUGAAUUAUCUGUUUGCUUAUAAGAGUGAGGCCAGCCUGGAUGAUCAUAAUUUGUCCAAAGUUGUGAACAAAACACCAGCUGAAUGGUAGGUUGGAUAAAGAACAGUGAAAUGUGUGUUUAUGUGGGUGACCAUAGAGUCCUGCCUCAUUUAGUAUUUUGCUUUACAGAGUUGUUGGCUAUUUUUAACACAGAUCAAGAAAAAGAGGCAUAAAAGUCAGAUGCCCACCAUGAAGGGUUUUGUUAGAAGCUACAUAUUAUGAUUUUGUGGAAUCAAUAAUUUAAGAUUGUUUGUCAUCAGUGGAUCAGUAGAAUCAAUUUUUGCAAACAGAGUUUAUUUUUGUCUCUCUCCCUCCCUUCUUUGAAGUUUGGGACCAGGAUUCUUAGUGGGCUAAGAGGGCAAAUUAUGGGAUGAACACUCAGCUCACUUCAUUUGCUGAUUUUUUUCUCUGUUUCCUUGUUUGCCUCCCUCUUAUUUGUCUUUUUCUCACCAAGUACAGUCAACUCUCGCUUUGCGGACACCCCGCUAUAACGGACACCCUGAUAAUACGGACAGCGGCUAAAUCCCCAGCAAAAACAAAUUACAGAUGUUUGACUGACAUCAACUCCCGCUAUUACGGACACUCACUAUUGAGGACACUAACUCGAGGUCCCCACAGUGUCCGCUAUAAAGGGAGUUGACUGUAGCCUAUUAAAUCCCAGGCUAGCAUACACUGUUGUGUAUGUGCAGUGUAAUAAAUUAAUUUUUGUACUUUAACUACAAAUUUCCCACUUUCAAUGUCUUUUUUCAACAAUGAUGUUGGAGUACUUGGCGUGUGAUGAUUUUACCUUCCAGCAAGCCGUCUCAGUAGCUUACGACUUUCAACUCUUUCUUAUAGGAAAGACCCCAUUAUUGGCAACAUGAAAAAUCCAUUGCAGGACAAAGAUGUCAACCAGAUUCUUCAAUGCAACCAGGUCAGAUUCUUUAUAGAAGCAGAUUUUGCAUGACAAUUUAAGCCAUGAAAAGUGCUUUGCAUGGGCCACUGGUUGAGGGUUUUGGUAGCCAAAAUUUCAAAGCUACAGUGUACUUGUAGUCACCAUGAGGCAAGUAAAAGUUGUUUUUUGGUUAGAGAAACUGGAUAUACAUCUGCAUUUGCAGGGUACCAGCAUGGACUUUAUCACCUGCUCUUUUCAAAUAGUAGUGUGGGUUCUUUUACAUUGGCUUUAAGUGGAUCAGAUCCAACCAGCAACACUUCAAUCAUCUGAACUGAGACAAGGUCUUAAAUCGUGGCAGGUUUGUCAUUAGUAGCUAGUAGCCAAUAGCCAGCUUUUUUAGCUGGCUACUGCUGUAAAAUCAACCGGCUACUUAAGGUUUCUAAACAAGUCAAACAACACAAAUAUAGGAAAAUUUGUGGGAUAAAUGACUUUGCCAAAUUGUUUAAGACCACUGUUGAUGAUCUGGCUGGGGUUAGUUUUUAGCCCAUUCAGCCGUCUAGGUGUCAAACUAUGAGUAAGUGAGGAAUAGGUAAUUUUAUACGCUGAUAUUUUCUUCAUAAUCUAAUAUCAAUUAAUUAUUCCUUUUAGUUUCCCUUCAGAAGACAUUCACAAGAAGAUUUACUUGCUCAAGUUAUCAUUUCAAAGAAAGGUGAAUGGCAAACUUUGUAAUUAAAGUUACCAGGAUGCACUGAUGAACAGUUGGGUGUUGAAUACAGGUUCUUUUUUUUGUAUUGUUUUGUUGAGCUUGAACUGAGGUGCGCUUGGAGAAAAACAUCCACUUUGAAAUUUCAACCUUGAUUGGAUGCUGUGUUGGCAUUAACUAAGACAAGAAUAAUGGUAAUAAAAAAUCAGGAAAGUCACUUAAACAGUUAUUUACAUUUAACUAUACAUGUCAGGAUGCUAUUUCUUCUUUGUCACUAAUAUAUUGUCAGAAAAAAAAAAAAUAAAGGUUGCAUGAUAUACUGAAUGUGCAGUGUUUGCUUUGAUUAUUUUUGACCCUUGUAUAUAAUAUAAGUUUUAACUUUCACUAAAGAAGGCUGUUAAUUUAAUUUGGGAAAGCAUCAAAAGAGUGUUUCACAUUUAUUAUUUGACAUCAUUAGGUAUUUCUUACUACCUGUGAUAACAAUUGAAUAACAUGUCAUAAAACAUUAUUUAUUAAUUUUUAGCUGUCUCUUUAUUCCCUUUAGGACCUACUGUUGUUAAAAGUCAAAGUCUCUGCUCCUUGCAACCCAAAAAUGAGGCUCAAGAGGUACAAAUGUAGGAAUUGAAUUAGCGGUAAUAGAUAAUAAAUUGAACUUCAGAUGAAUGGGUUAACAGUACUGACUCCAAUUUGAAUGACUAUUUCAGUGAAAUUAGACAUCUAUGUGUCUGCUGUUCAAUACAUACUCCUCAACCUGACUAUUGAUUUAAUUAACUCAUUGGGUAGCCUGCACAUAAGUACACCAUACAUGGAGGCUAUACCACAGGGAACUAUUACCCAGUCCCCUGGUCAUGCUUUUCAUUACUUCCCCUUUGAGCAACACAAGGAGACAGGACCAAUAGCUUUAUAGUGUCAUUCCAUAGUGAUGCAAGAUUUAUCCUAAAGGGCAGCUUCAUUAAAGCCAACAUAAACUCAUCAGUUUUUCUUAUCUAAUGAAUUCUCCCCUACCCGUCCCUACAGAGUGAGAGAGAGACAGGUAGGAGAGAGAACCUGGGAACAAGGUUGAUGAAUGACAUUGGUUUAUAAUAAUCAUAUUAUAAUGUCUAGGACUCAAACCCACAUCCUACGAAGCUAUGAUACUACCACCAGUAAUGAGAUGCAGUUAAACCCUCAUUUUGUAUUGUUUUUGUAUUGCUUACCAUGUAUGUUUUCUGAAAAGCAUAAACAGAGAAGUUAGUUACCUGCUGUAUGUCACCUCUGGAUGUACACUUUAAACCAGAUAUUUUCCUUAAAUAGUCCAUAUGCCUCCAGCAAAUCAUCACAACUUUCGUACCCAGCAUUAUGAGCAUAUAAAGACUUGCUAGGCUUAAUUAACUUAUGCUGCCUGCUCAAUUAUUUGAGCAGGCAAUUAUCUGACUGAGCAACAUUGGAAAACCACAUGUCCAGCAGUCCUUUUUGGGGACGAGCACAAGCUCUUUUCUGAACAGCCACGGGUAAUUGAAUCUAUACAUAAGGAGAAGUGAAUGUUACAUUUCCUCUCUCUUUCUCUCUCUCUCUCUCUCUCUCACAUAAAAUGAAGAUUACUAAAGGUCAUGGAACAAUGAUUAGUGUUCUACAAACAAGGUUGCUCAGAUUACGAGCUGCACAAACACUCUGGCAUAAGGUAUGUUUUUCUUAAAUGGUCGCUAGCUGAUACCAGGCAACACUCUGAUGUGAAGAUGUUCAAGAUUUUGCAGUUUUGUCAAUAAUUACUUGGCACAAAAAAGAUUUGGAUGGUUUUUGAUUGACUUCAGACAAAAAUAAUGUCCGUAAUUAAAACUGCCUGAAAUGUUUAAUUUCAAAGUAUUCCAGUAUUUAUCUUUUUUCAUCCAAGCCCAGUUGGAAUAAAUUGGUGUUAUUUUCUCAUCUGUGUAGUGUAAGUGUAUCUCUAAAACCUUGAGGACUGCACAGCAAACUAUCACAAUUUUCACAAAUUUUGUUUUAAUGCAAGUCAUGUUUUGUAGGCAUACAUUUUUUGGAAGUAGUACACGGUAGCAGUACUAAAAAUUUUUGUCCAGAAUUUGUCCAGAGUGAGAGUAAAAUAAUUGUGUGAAAUUAACGUCCAGAGUAUAAAUAAAUGCUUUGUUCUAAGUUCUUUCGCAAGUAAUGAACAGCAGCUACAAUAUCCUUCUUUAUUUGAACAGUUACAUUACUGUUGUUUGUUCACAGGAUACAAAUGCCUUAAUCGAGUAUCUCCUACGGUAAGCAAUAAUCUUUUUAAUUCUUUGAUAUUAGGUUUCUGGGAAACUGCCUACCUACCCCUCCCCUAAGCUAACAUUAACACUUAAUUCUCACUUUGGGCAAAAUGAUGGGUUAGGGGAGGGGUAGGUGGGCAGUUUCUCAGAAACCUAAAUUGAUCCAUUGUUUCUAUAAUAAUCGUCAUUAUCACUUUUUGCUCUUGGCGCUUUACAAUGAAAAGUAUAUACAAAAGUAUAAAAGUAUAUGUAAGUAUAAACAAUUAAAAGUUUAAAGGUUAAAAUGCAAAGAAUAAUAAAAUAAUUACAAGUCAAAAUCCAUUUUUAAAAGGUACCGUAGGUUUUUAAACGAUUCUUAAUGUCAGUUACUCAAUCUUAAAUCUAACGGGAGAGUAUUCCAUAGUUUUGGGGCAGGUACAGCAAAAGCCAAUCCCCAUAUGUUUUCAGGCGAGCUGACAAGUCUCUGUGAUGAUGACCGCAACGUGCGUGAUUUUGUUUUAUACUAAAAGCAGGUCUGAGAUGUUAUCAGGUGCUGCGCCUUUAAGGGAUUUAAAAACUAACAGAAGAAUUUAAAACACUGAUCGAAAACGCGAAAACGACACCAAGAUUACGAGUUGUGGUGUCUGAACAACCGUCCUAUUGCCAACUCAAAGGGACUCUAAGGGAGGUCUUGGACGAUAUCUUGAGCUGAUUUGAAGGAAUUCGGUCUUAUGUUGAUUCAAUUUUAGUCUGUUGUUAACCAUCCAGUUAUUGAUGUCGCUGACACAAUUUUCAAUCAAGGAUUUGCAUAUAGCCAUUUCGUAAAGAGAAUCACUUUUGAUGGCUCAAUAAAGUUUGGUGUUGCAUCAAUAAAAACUAGUUGUAGCUUUCGCUAAGUGCCAACGAAAGAAAAAGAAUUUGCCUACAUCACCGGUUUUAGUUCCAAUGUUUAUAAAACCAUUUUAGCUGCUGAGCCGAGAAUUUCCACUACAAGCACUCCUCCUUUUCUGCCAUGCUCUUGGCCUCAAAAUCGCACUUAUUCUUCUGCUUAGACAUUUUUUAACCUUAAACUUGUCGAGUUUCAAACAGCGAAAGGGAAAUAACAUUUAUAGGUUAGCACGAACUUGAAAUAGCAAGUUGUAGUUCGUACAAGUACAGUAGUGUGGCAGAGAACAUUGUCCAGACUUUGAAGGUUCGUUUGUUUACAACAAAGGUCAUCAAAAGUCACGUGAAACUACACGUGAAAUCUAACGCCACUAAAAUUCCCAGGGAAUCUACACCUUACGUUACACUUUUCACAGCACGAUCGAGGAUUUUUCUGCCUGCUACAAUACUUCGCGUGGCAUUAAGCUGGCCGCCUCUCAAGCCGACCGUCGUCUUCCCUCGGCUUGCUCGUUGGCAAUGAUACUCAAGAUUGUAACACUUUACAAGGUCAGCGAGCGGAGAAGUGUAAAGUACUUACAGAAGAGUCCCGAGGACAGAUACCUGCGGGACGUCGCGGUCCAACAGACGUCGGGAUAACCUGGAAGUAUUCACACUGAUAAACUUUGUGCGCGACUUCAGCCAGCGAGCGCAGUUCAUUUCACCCCGAAACGAGUAAUGCCACGGUCGACAGGAGGCGGCAGAUAGAUCAAGUAGAAGUAAGAUAAGAGAAUUGUUCUCAACCGCAGUAAGAAUGUUAUUUUGAACCCUUACAAGUGCGCCUUCGGUGCUAUGAAACCUUUUUUUCUAACAUAGCUAGAAUAUUCGCCGUAAUCAAAUUCAAUGGCGAGAGCGUGCUUCAUAUUCCCAUUAAGCACGCUGAUGACGUCAAUAAACUAUGACUCGAGUUUUUGUGAGCUUAGCAAUCCUCCCAAGUACAUCCAUAACUCAACAGUACACGAUGAAGCGUUAACCAUGUGUUUCAAAACGUAAAUUUAAGAGAAAACAUUUGAAUUUGUUAACCGAUAGUAGGGAAAAGUGGUGCGUGUUGUUGUUGUUAGCGUCAUCUUACAACUCUUUCGUGCUCUCCAAACUUCCCCCGUGCUCAACAUCUCGACAUACGCACGCUGACGCAUGGACUAAUUGUUAAAUAUGUAGACAUCAAGAUGCAGAUCUAAGAUAUGAUUAUUCAGUUGCCAAGCAAGAACCUUUUCGAUUAUUUUAGUAACAAAUUUUAAGUUUGAGAAGGACGGAAAUAACUCUUCAUGAUUGACAUUCUUUUUCUUUACAAGUGGUGAUACUGCAGCACUUUUUAAAGUUUUUGGCACUGUACCAUCCAAUAAGGGACAUUGAUAAUUUACGUUAACGUAGGAAGGACCAUAGGUAGACAGUUCCCAAGGACGGUUGCAGGUAAAGGAUCAAGUUCACACGAUUUAGAGCACAACUUUUAAGCAAUACGCUCGACCUGAAUCACGGUAACAGUCUGAAAGUUGAAGAGUCCCUUACAGUGUUUGUCAGCAGUGUUAGGCUAGUAAAGUUCAACCUCUGCGGCUCUUUCCAUGAGAGCAGUGUGUAUCUUCUCAAUCUUAGAGUUGAAAAAAAUCAUUGAAGGCGUUUGCCAAGCAGGUAGAGUCUAAACAAAACAUGAGAGAUAAUCAAGUAUAACCUAAAUGGUUGCUUCCAGCCAGUUCGAGGUUUGAACCGUUUCACCCUCAUAUAUUUAAUUUUUUUGUUUCAAACAACCCUGGAUCCCCGCUCUGUGGAUACCUACAGUAUAACGGACAGUUUCGUUUGUCCUGACAAAAAGCUCAUGUUUCGUCCUGACAUCUGUAACUCUUACCCUGCCCCUGGAUUGAAAUUGCUCCUUACUUCGGUUGCGUCGAAAAUUCAAACUUCAUUGGAGAGAAUUUAUCAGAAAUGUUGAAAUUUCCAACGCGUGAAAGCUAUUAUUUCACGUUGAUCAUUUUUGUCCUUACAAAGCAAUAAACGAUCAAAGAUAACUAUACAGAACAGUACCUAUUAUUCUCAAAUUCAGGUCGCUUUUCUUGAUACGUCAUGUUUCUCUAAAACUGACCACUUUAUACGGACAAUGGGCACUUUUCUGUGUCCUGAGUCAUUAACUCCUAUAUACAGUCAACCCUUUUUUUGGACACUGGUUAUCUGCCGACUUUUUAUGACGGAAUAUUUUAUCAGCGAAAAUCUUACUUAAACUGCAAAUAAUCUCUCGAAGUUUUUAUCUAGCAUCAAGUCCACCUGGCUGAGUCACAAUAAAAGCUCAGUACAAAGUAAAGUGACGGACUCCAUUGUCGUGUUUCAGACGGUAAUUUUUGUCUGGGACUAUGAUAAAUGGUCGUGAGGUGUCUUUUAUUCUUUCGAAGGAACUUGUUACAGUUGCAGAUAACAAAUAAAACAUGUCUUUCUCAUAAAAAUCUCUGCUUUAGUCUUUUUAUCAAUAAAACAUGGUCAUGCAAAUAAUAUGGGCCUCACUAUGGCAUGUCUCCUUGGACGGUGUCCAUAUUAACUGGUUUCCACUGUACCCGCCAAACUGGUACUAGAAUGAAGUGCCUGGUGUAAAAUAUAUUGGAUCAAAGAUUUGUGCUCGUUCUUCUCUGCAAGAGGUCCUAAGUUUGAGUUCUAGAUGUGACCUAAAAUCAUCAGUAUGACAUCUUUUUUGUUUUUCGUAAAACGGAGGGCUGGUGGGGAGAGGGGGUAAAAUAAACGCACUUUCAGCCUCAGCUGUGUUCGUCAGGUGACGACUAUUUCGAGUUACCAAAGUAUAAUAAGGACGCGAUACCUCUAACUUUUCUUUUGGUAAAGGGUCAAACUUAGCCUUUUUCCCUGAAGGUGAGAAGCUGGCUUAUGUCAGGUUUACACCCUGUACUGAAAUGAUCCCUGCACAGUCUGUCACUCAGGUUGCUGACAAGAAACCGAAUGUUUUAUGUUUACCCAGGUUAAAAGAUGAGUCUGUUUUGGUUGAUGUCAUGCCAUUUCUAACUAUCAGGUAUCAGUACCAUUUUAAUGUAAAUGAAUAAUAGAAGACGUAUAUCUAUGAUCCUCAUGGAUUGCAGCACUGGUUCACACAUUAUCCUACUUUAGCAGAUUUACUUAUAAAACGUUUGCUAAAACCACACUAAAGUAAGAUUUUACUCAUGCCCCAUGACAAAGCUGAAACCUAAAAGUGAUGGAUUUUUCAUUUAUGGGGUGUUAAUCUGCUUAUUCACAAGUAAAACUCAAUUAUUCUUUACAGUAAAUUAUCAAACAUGUCCUCAUCGUAAGUUUGCAUGUAAGCGAAGGAAAGAGAUUUAAACUGAAUAAGGAAAUUUUAAUUUCUAUUAGAGGAAUUUUAUUAGGCUGAAGUCUUUUGUUUUUUUCGUUUUAACUAUGUUAGUCAGAUUCCUGGUCGUGUUUUGUUCAUAGUACUGAGUAGGGUUCUGCACGUUAUUAAACUUGACACUUUGCUUGCAGAGUUCGUGAAGUGUCCCCUGAAGGGCACGCCUUGUCCAUGGGAGCCUGCUUGGAAAUGUUACCAGUGCUGGAAAAACUUCUCACUUCUAAAUUCGAGGAGUAAGUUACACUAUAGACCAACAAUAAAAUUUGGUAACUGUAUUGUGGAUAGAGUUGUUCUUUUUUCUAAGUCCUUGAUACACAAAAAUUUGGUUUUACCAGCUGGGUUAAUUUACUGGAUUGUAAAGAGUGUUGUAAACGCCCUACAAACGUUGUCUUUCGGAAUAAACUAAUUUACCAAUAUUUUUCUUAUAUGGACACUAAAAGAUAGAAAGGGUUGUCUACAACUGGCAUUAGUAGAGGUUGCCGAGAUUCAGCGUUAAAUAAUGCUCGUUACGACAGCUUUUCAUUUACACCAAACUGGGAAAGUCUCACCGGGGGAAGUUUCUGUUACUGCUGAAUUCUUGGGAAGCAUUUUGCUCGACAACGAUUGUUCAAGUCAAUAAGAAACGUGUCCUACCCCUUAGCACUCUUGAGAGAAAGUAUGGGUUGUAAUAAUACUAUGUGUCACCGUUUACCCGAGCUGUAUAUUGUCCUGGCCCCGGUUGUUCGAAAGACGUAGUGUAAGUUGUUACGUUAUCUUAAAGCUUUUGCAAUACUGUAACUACAUAUAGUCAUGCAAAUAAAGCUUAUGUUGUUGUUGUACCGCUAAAAAUCGAAUCGAGUUUCAAUUUUCGAGUCGAGAAAUAUUUUAAGAACUUGUCGUGAGAGCGCACUCUUUAAAAGUGUACACUUACCUUUCAUUCUAAAAAUUACUGCUCCUUGAUUGGGUGAUAAACUCGUUCGCUAUCGUAUAAACGAGGCUUGCUUUUUGGAGGUGAAAACGUUUGCGUAUUUUUUCCUGUUAAUAGUCCUUUUGAAACUUGCUUGAAAAUAAAUGAAACUAGAAGUGAUAGCAUAAGUGAGAUACAUGUAAUAGCGGUGAAAAUUGCGCCUCCAUUCGAAAGUAAACAAUGACGAAACAACUUGUGGAAAAAACGACCGACAUAAAUAAAGAAUACAGCAACCCCUCAUUAAUGAGGUCAUUAAUGUACCGUGCAAUGUACGGCUGUAAUUCUUUUUUACUUCCAUCGUUUACACAUCAGAUUAGCGGAGAAGAAUGAGCCUCCGUUUGAAAGUAAGCAAUAACGAAACAACUCGUAGAAGAAAUGACCGAUAUAAAUAAACAAUACAGUUACCCCUCAAAAACAGGAUUAUUAGCUAGUGUGGUUAAAAAAAGUUUAGUUACAGUUGUUACUGUAACUAAACUAAAAAGUAGUUAAGGCAAUAUUGGUGCUAUCAAGGGAGCUUUGUCACGAAAUUUAUCAAAUUCAAACCGUGGGGACUUCCAACAAAUUAAGUGAAGCAUAAAAAUAACCGCUCAAUACAUUAAAAGAAGGUAUAAAUAACACUCAAUUCUAAAUCAGGCGCGGAUAGACAAACUUGAAGAAGAUUCAGAUCUACCAAAUUGUUUGAAUGCGGGCUCUCCUAGAAUGUUUGCCGACGACACUAAUGUUACCUUUUCUGCAGCUACUAUACCUGAUCUUGAAUCCCAAAUCAAUAGUGACCUGAAAGAUAUUGAUUGCUGGCGUUUAUGGUUUUCUGAUCAGUACUCCCACACGGCAAAUAUGUAAAACAGUUUUGAGAAUUUAAACUAAUUUUCUAUGUCUGACUGAUGUUUUUAACCGUGUACAAAUCAAGUUAUCAUUCAUUCAAACGGAUUGCAAUUGUGGUUUUUGAAAACUUGUUAGCUUGACAGUUUUUCAAAGAUUGUUUUUGAUUGUUUGAAACGUUUGAUAUGGUUUGAUGUACAGUAGAACGUCGAUAUAACGAGCCUCUGUGUAGCGAACUCGCGGUAUAACACACAAUUUUCUUUACCCCAGUAAUUUAAGUAUACGAAAAAAAAAACUCGUCAUAGCGAACAAACUUUGCCAGUCCCUUGGCCCGUCGUUAUAUCGAGGUUCCACUGUAAUGGUUGGUAGACAUAUUUGACACAAACAUGUGGAUUUGUCAUUCACAAGUGAAUUCGUAAGUUCCGUAGCGAGCAAGGAUGCGUAGUUGACAUUCUUAACAAAAUGAACACACAGCCGGCUGUGAUGCAGCCCCUUUAAAUUGACUAACGAAGAUUGUAUUCCUUGGUUAUAGUUACAUUAUUGCUGCCCUGAACAUGAUCAGGGAAAUGAUAAAACGGUGGUGGAUGCAGCUUAAAGUUGUCACAAACAAGAAAGUUUCACCCGAGUGGCAGCGAUGUAGCAGGUACGUUAUCAAUAGGAUCCACGUGAGGGGGUCGUGUUGUUAAUUUCAUGACUGGGGUCUGCGUCGUUGUGUGACUCGUCUCUAUUUUUCAUUUCUUACGUUUACCUUCCUCUUCACGUAGGUGACCAGUUAGAGAACCUUGCUGUAAUCACUGUGAAAAAUGUUUCUUAUGUUUUUGUAACACGAUACUGGAGGACCGACAAGGAGCAGUAUAUAAGAUCCUAGGGGAUAAGAUCAAAUACUGCAACUGCCUGGCCACUUACAUUGAUGAGACCGGCAGAAACCUAAGCACGCGACUGACUGACCACAAACAAGCGACAGGAAAUGGUAACGUCAACAAUUACAUUGCUGAAUACUAUUUAUGGACGAAACAUCAAAUCGACUUGGACUUUGCGACAUGUAUUACGUAUUCUACAGAUUGUUAUCAACGACUUACUUUAGAAAGCUGGUUACUAAAUUAGAACAAACGCCACUAAAUCAUAGUCAUUAGUCACCGGCACCGUACAAAAGACUUAUUGACGGAAUCACGCAAAACUAACUACUAGAGAAUGACUGGACAACCGACAAUUUGACUAACAAUAACAAACUGUUAAACUUUGACAACAGACGUAUCGAAAUCCACCAGUGACAUUUUGAGUCUUUAUAGCCAAUAACAUCACGGCUUAAAUGACAGACGACCAAUGACAUCGCGACUUAAUUUACCAUGAUCAGGUCAAUAACCAGAGUUAAAAUACCAUCAACUGACGUGAUACAACUCACUCUGACUCUGAAGGUGACUACCGCACAGGUUGUCAAAACGUCAGUCACUGUCAACAACAGUCCAAUUUAGGAACACGUUCACCCGCCGGGCGAUCAUGCGCAACCUACUUAUGAAAUGAUUUCUGGGUUCAAACCUUUCACACUAUAGUCGUUUUCUGUUGUUCUUUUAUAGGAGCGUCAAUGGCCUAUACAUGGCAAUACUUUCUCUUUCUGCAAUUAUUGUCAAAUUGUCAAAAAGAAAAGGAAGAGUUGGCGAGAAAGCUAUUGUAAGUUAUAUUUAAUCAGUGUUUGAUGCAGAUAACUGGUAAAAGAGGUUGACAAGGCAUCAGGGUGGCAGUGUCAAAUAUAAGUAAUCUAUAAACAGGCAUCUGCAGGCCUAGGGGCCUUCAAACUUACUCGUGCUCUGCAUGGUACCUCGCCAAACCCUACUGCGAGUGUAUGUCAGGCUUUAGUCCUUCCCUACCAGCAUUAUUGCUCAGAGGUCUGGGGAUGCAUGGGGCAAAGGCAAAACAAGGCCGGGAGAAUUGCAUCAUUUAAUGUUUACAAUCGAAGAUCUGCAGAUAUUCCCCAGGACCUAGGAUGAGAUACCCUUAAGCAAAGAUGCUAUAUAUGUGUAUUGCAAUCUCAUCUUUAUCCUGAAGGUGUGACAAAUAUGUUCAAACCAAUUUUCAUGGUUCAUUCUUAUAACGUGCUAGGCUCAUCAAAUAAUGCUUUUGUGCCCAUGGCAUGUACUAAAGCUGCUUAGAGGGUGUUUAGCCAUAGUGGGUUUGGUGUGGAAUAGCCUUGGUAACAAAUGCAAAGAUGAGGCAAGAUCUCAUUCAACUCUUACAAGCCUGCUCUGACUUUGUCUUGAACUAAAGCGGACUUGAGAGAGUUUCUAUAGCACUUACUUAGCUACAGUGUACAUUAAUUUUUGUGCAAUUCUAGAAUAUUUUCUUUUAGUAGUUAACAUCUUUAGUGUCUUUCUAUGGUCAUGCAUAUGUUUGAACUUGGGACUACCGAAAACAAAUCCAGCUAGCGGUCAGAGCGGGACUUGAACUCUGGGCCUCAGAAUUGCAAGUCCAGCGCUCUAACCACUUGGCCACGCUGGCUUCUAAGGUUUAGGGAGGCAUUACUGGCCUUUUAAUACUAUGCUAAGUGGCGGGGACGAUUCAAAGAACCCCAGAAAACAAAUGAGUUUGUAGCUGCGAUUUUGCGCGUACAUCCACCAUGGAGUUGAUAAACGCUAAGUCAGUAUUGUUACUACUAUUACGCUAGUUUUAAAUGCGAACGUCACUUGUAGAAGUUAUGCUAUUGAGGAAAUUCUAUUGUUGUCGCUAAUUUGCAUUUGAUUCUGUACAUGUGAAUCUCGACGUUGACAACGUGCGUUACUUAUGCUAAACCUGUUUCUUGCAGGUCGUUACAAAGCUGCUGGAUCUCCUAUGACAACUUCUAACAAAUUUCUAGUGGCUGUUAUAUUUCUUACUUAGCUGCUGAAUAAUCAACCCCGAUAUCUAAAGUCCCAGACACAAUAAAGACACCGUUACUAAACUUUGCAUAGAAACUCGUGACCUUUGACUAUGUGCUAGGGAAGUACAGAUAGUAUCAUGAAUCAAAAGGUCACCUAGUUUCUCUCUUUUCUAAUUCGAAGUUCCAACGUUAGCGAAAAACAAUUUUGAACGAAUUUGCCAGGUACAGUGACGUCAAAAGUAUUCCCUCAAGGUGUACAAUUAAUUUAUCGUCACUGUUUAAAUCAUAUCAACAGAAGUAGACCAUUGUAAAACUUGAUUUUCGUCUAACCAGUACUGAACGUGAUAAACGUGACAUCAAGAAUUUCAGUUUCUUAAGUAGGUUUAGUAUGAUCGUCCGGGUGAACGUAGUCCUGAAUAGGACUGUUGUUGACAGUGACUGACGUGUCGACAACUUGUGUGGUAAUCAUCUUCAGAGUCAAAGUGAGUUGUAUGACGUCAGUUGAUGGUAUUCAACAGUCCUAAUCAGGACUACUUUCGCUUGGACGAUCAUACUCAACCUACUUAUGAAAUGAUUCCUGAGUUCCAAACUCUCACACUCUUCAGUUUCUGUUUAGCGUUUCAACGGAAUUGGACGCAUAUUGUAGCCGAAACUAAUAUAAAACGAGGCUACUCAACAAAUACUUUGGAUAUUUUAUAACUCAAUUGUGUGAUUCCCCCAUGCAGAGGGAUUUUACUUAACCGGCGAAACCGGCAGUAUAUAACCUUUAGUGUUAAAUAGUUACAAGUAAACAAAAAAAAAAUGAAACUAGGGUGCAUUGAAAAGGUAUUAGU